AUGGAACAUAAUUUGAUUAACAUUAAUAGUAAUAUAAAAAAACCAGCAGGAACACACACUGCAAAUAAACUGGUAAAUCGGUCGGAGUCUGAUAUCCAACAUACCGAUCGCCAGGCAGCCUUUCCAAAACGGAAAGCGGAAAAACGUACUGAGGGCAAAGAAGCUAGGAACAAUACUAGCUCUCUGCUAACUGAAUCAAAAACGGAACUUUCGUUACGAAAAGGAAGUCAAGGAACUCUGGGUUCAAAGGUUGCACCAAAAGAUGUAACGAUCGAAACACUACCACAGCCCUCGACAAGCACUGGACUAACCUCCGGCCAAAGCUUUCGCGACGCCAGGAAAUCUACUGGUUUGAGCGGUGCGGGUACAAAAUGGUACCUGCGCUAUCUCAAAGAAGGCUUAGCACCGGAGGCAGCUAAGGGAAAGGCGCUCAAUCGGCCGAGGGGCAGUCAAGACUCUAAGAAGAGGUCUGCCCAAGAAAUUAGUCCGAUCGAUCUUCAAUCAGCUAAGAAAAGAAGAGGGAAUGAGAAACCUCCACAAGCAAAGGAUGGUACGCAAAUGGCUGCACCAAAACAACCGAGAAAGAUAAUAUCGGGCAGCAGUUACGCUAAUGUAGCCAAGAGCUUAAGAAUAGCAAUUCUUCCGAAAUCUUACCCGGAAUCAACUCUCUCUAGGGAUGAGCAAGGUAAAAUCGAGGAACUUUUCAUUGAGGAGAUGUAUAAAGGAUGGGAUGCCAAGCUACGAUUUAGCGGGAUACACUUUCGCCCAGGACUUAUACUGGUUGACUGCGUAGACGAGGAUGCGGCUAAUUUUAUCCAUGGAACGGCACCUAAGCUGAACGGAUGGGAAGGCGCUGAACUCACCACGUGUGUCGGGGACAAAAUACCGAAUUUACACAUGUUGACAGUCUACCUCCCAAGAGCUAAAGGGGUCGACACGGAAAAGCUGCUAAAAUUGCUCAUAACUCAAAAUGAGGGUCUACAUACUCAGAUGUGGAGAGUUUUUAGCAGCAAGGAUCUGAAAAAUGGCAAACUCCUAACAAUCGGGAUUGACAACCGGUCUCAGGAAGCCAUAACAACCAACGGCUGUAGGAUCUUCUACAGGUUCAGUUCCGUCCCAAUUCACCUGCAUAAGGGACGAGACAACAAGGAAAGAAGUAACUCAGCUGGGGAAAAUACACCAGCUGUAGGAACGAUACCUGCAACUGUUGCGGAACUAGUGGAGGAGGAGGCGACCAGGAGCGAGAAGAUUGAAGAUAUCAGCGUGCUACCUCACGAGAGUGAGGACAUUGAGAAUCUAGAUCUCUCUCUACUGAACUUGGCGUCCGAGGAAGACUCCGAAAGAAUCUUUCUGUCAGACACCGACGACGGUCUGAUAGAAGAAACGAAGGAGGAAUAA